CUAACGUUAGCUUGACUUCGCUCGGACGCUUCUGAAGUUUGGAUGAAAACUUCGGACUCGGUUUGUUUCAGUGACAAGUUGCUCGUCGACCAUGAAGCUGCGUCGGGAACCGCCCGCACCGCCCGCACCGUCCGCAGCGCAGCUCUCCGGAGGGAUUCUCUAACACUUGUGCGAAGAAACAACCCAUUCAUUGAACAGAAGAUGAUGAUGUCUGACGCCAGUGACAUGUUGGCAGCUGCCCUGGAGCAGAUGGAUGGGAUCAUAGCAGGCUCCAAGGCGAUGGAUUACUCCAACGGGCUUUUUGACUGCCAGUCGCCCACCUCACCUUUCCUGGGUGGCCUUCGGGUGCUGCAUCUUCUUGAGGACCUGCGGGCGGCGCUGGAGCUCAUGGACAAUGAGGAGCGGGACAACCUGCGAUGUCAGAUCCCUGAUUCCACCGCAGAGGGGUUGGCAGAGUGGCUGCAUGGAGGAAUGGCGAACGGACACGGCUCAGAAACAGUCAACCAAGAUCGUCUGUCACGACUGGAGAGUGACAAAGAGUGUCUUAUUCUCCAGGUGAGUGUUCUGACAGACCAGGUGGAGGUGCAGGGUGAAAAGAUUCGAGACCUUGACUCUUGUCUUGACCAUCAUCGGGAGAAACUAAAUGCUACUGAGGAGCUUCUUCAACAGGAGCUGUUGAACCGAUCAGCGCUGGAGACCCAGAAGCUGGAGCUGAUGACCGAGGUGUCAAGUCUGAAGCUGAAGCUGACGACUGUGGAGCGAGAUCACAGGGACCAUGAGGGCUUGUACCAGGAAGUAACAGACCUGAGGUUCAGGGUGACUGACAUGGAGAAUGAAAGACUGCUGUGUGAGAAAAAACUCAAAGUUACCAAAGACGAGCUGCAGCUUCUACAGAAGCAGCUGGAGGAGCGAGAGCUGGAGCUGCGGAGGCUGAGGGACGAGAGCAGACUGAAGGUGGAGGGUCACAGCAGAGCGGAGGGAGGAGACGGAGAUACAGAAAUGUUAAAGGUGAGGCGGGUGUUGGAGACGCUCGCGUCAGCCAACGAUGAGAAGGAGAGACGGAUCAAAGAGCUGGAGGAGUCGCUUACUAAGUGCAACCAAGUGCAGGAGCUUGAAAAAGAAAAGUUGAAGGAAGAUGACUAUCACGAUAUCCCAGAUGAUCCCUCGGUUCCUGUGUCCAUGGAGGUGGAUCAGGUCACGCUGGCGUUGGAGGGGGAGGCAGGAAGGAGCUUUGGCGAGUCUGUUCCGUGUAUCGCGGUGUUGUCUGAGAUGAACGAGCUGGACAGAGAACGACAGUUACAGACACAAAGCUUGACCGGACCCAGCAGCAGUGACCAGACGAUAAACAAAACAGCAGAUGGUUCCCUCUCCCCGAGCAGUGAACAGACAUUUGGUUCCAAGAAGAGUCGCUCCUCUUUUGGUCGAGGAUUCCUGAAGCUGCGUGGAGGAAAGCAGACGGCCAGCACCUCAAACCUCGCUGAGACAGAACGUAAAGGCACAGAUCACCUGGACUUGGCCGGCGUUCCUCCACAGAAAUCCCACAAUGCACCUCCUUCGCCGUCCUCACCAGAAACCAAAAAGAAGUCGAAAGGCUUCAUGAAGUUCUUUGGCAGACUGAAGAGGAGUCACUCCACCUCCUUCAACCUCGAUGAUGCAGCGGAGAUGGAGUUCAGGAGGGGAGGAGUCAGAGCCACAGCUGGACCCAGACUCGGGUGGUCACGAGAAGCUAAACACAAUGCUGUCGACGUUCCUUUCUCACGCUGGAGUAAAGAGGAAGUUUACGAGUGGCUGCACGAACAAGGACUCGGGUUAUAUUCUGCUCAGGGUCAGAACUGGAUCAAAUCAGGACAAACGCUGCUGCAGGCGUCUCAGCACGAUGUGGAGAAGGAGCUGGGCAUUAAGCAGCCUCUCCACAGGAAGAAGCUGCAGCUGGCGUUGCAGGCGCUCGGCUCAGAUGAGGACGACCUGAAGGGCAAACUGGACCACAACUGGGUGACCAGAUGGCUGGAUGACAUCGGCCUCCCGCAGUACAAGAGUCACUUCGAUGAGGCUCGUGUUGAUGGACGGAUGCUGCACUACAUGACAGUGGAGGACUUGUUGUCUCUGAAGGUCGGCAGCGUUCUCCAUCACCUCAGCAUCAAACGAGCCAUUCAGGUCCUCCGCCUCAACUCCUACGAAGCAAACUGCCUCAGGCGACGACCGUGCGAUGAGAACAACAUGACUCCGGCUGAGAUCUCCCAGUGGACGAACCACAGAGUGAUGGAGUGGCUCCGAUCUGUGGAUUUGGCCGAGUACGCUCCGAACCUGAGAGGCAGCGGAGUUCACGGAGGACUGAUGGUGAGCAGCCCGAGUCACAGCUCCAGAUAGUUGAGAUAAAUUAUU